UCUUCUGGAGUGGCCGUCAAUCAUGAAUGUCAGACGACGUUUAGCCGCAUGGCGGAGGGCAAGAAGGAUAUCCGAUACAUCAUCUUCAGCAUUGUGAAUGAUAGUGAAGUCGUAGUUGAGAAAUAUGCAACCAACGACGACAUGAAAUGUCAUGACGUGGAAGACUACGCAGACAAUUCUAAGUCAUCAUAUAACGAGUUCAUAGACGCUCUGAAAGAAGUCACUAAAGAUUUCAAGGACUGUCGUUACGCAGUUUUUGAUUUCAAAUUCACGGGUAGUCGAGAAGGAGCUGGUGCCAGUAAAAUGUCGAAGAUCAUUUUUCUUCAAGUGUGCCCCGAUGGAGCUAGUAUAAAGCGGAAAAUGAUAUACGCAAGUUCUGCUGCGGCAAUCAAGUCUGCCCUUGGUCCAGCGAAAAUCAUACCGCUUCAAAUUUGUGACGAGUCACAACUGUCACAUACCGAAUUGCUACAUAAGCUUCUGAUCGAUCCUCAGUGCAAAAAGGAUUAUGACGAUAUGCAUAGCCGCAAGAUGUAUUCAUAUCUUAUAUUUCGAAUUUCGGACGAUGACACAACAGUCAUUGUUGAGAAAAAAGGGCCGAAGGGAUCUUCGUACAAAGACUUUGUCGAUGUAAGAGUUUGUGGGGAUAAUUUUUUCUUAUUCAAUAAGUGCAUUUAAAC